UUGGAUCCACUUUGCGAUGGCCGGACUUGGACUUGAGCUGCUGCUGCUGCUGCUACAGAUGCAUGGAGCCAAUCCCAACACAGUAAGUCAAAGUGUGGUGUCAGUGAAGCAGACCCCUGCUGUGCUUGUAGCCCUGCGCGGUGCCACAGUGUACCUGCCGUGCACCUUCUCAGUCCUGGACACCAGCAAGCAUCCUACAGCAAAAUGUGCAGUCCAGUGGUACAAGACAAAAGAAGGCCAGGAGCCAUCCAGAAACUGCACUUUGACCCUGAGGACCUCACGUCUGUCUCUUGCUCAUCCAGAACCAUCGCUGAGGGUACAGAAUGCUUCUCUGGUUAUUAGGAACCUCACCUUAGAGGAUACUGGGGUUUACUACUGCAGUGUCACCAUCUGGCAGAAAGGCACAGGCCAGGGAAAUGGAACCCAUCUACGGGUGUAUGCUACUCCCACUGCACCCCAAGUUCUCCUGCAAGUGUCCACUGAUCCAGGAGCAACCAGCUUGGCUCUGAUUUGCAAGACCAGAGGCUUUCAACCAAGCAACAUCAGUCUGAUCUGGACUCGAGAUCCAUACCUGCCUAAGCCAAUGGCGCCUGUCAACCAGCAGCAACUGCUCAACGUGGCAGCGAAUGAGCAGCAGGUGACCAGUCACCUCUCGGUGUUCCCAUGGGACAUCACUGGAGCAGUUUACACCUGUGAGGUCUGGCACGUCUCUUUGGCCGAGCCUCUUAAAGCGUCCCUGUGCUGGGGUGAGUGUUUGUUAUUUUAAGAAUUAAUUAAAAUCCCUUUAACACUGUGUUACAUUAAGGUGGGAAACAAAUGAACUAAAAUGAAAUAACAUGCAUUUUAAAUCAUGGAUGGCUCACU